CGCAUGAGCUUCUCUGUUUUGUCGCGUUUCACUUUCUCAAAGGGAUAUUUGCAGUUUCCCCUUCACUCUGACACUCUCUUCGUCGUCUUCGAGGAAGAGCUUUACUGUAAGCUCAACUGCUAACGCAAUUUUGCUUCUUUCCGCGUUUGCGUUUUAGCUUGAAAUCUUCGUCUCUGUUAAGCUGGAACUUUACGUAGACGAGAAAGCUUAAAAUCCUUGACAUCAACAUUGUUGCUUCUGGAGAGAUAGUUUCCUCCUGCAGACGAUUCUCCAUUUUAAGGUUGAUUCUAUAUUACCUCUCUAUUAUUCUUGUUGUGGAUUGUUGUGUACUUGGGAGUUGAGCUUACUUUGAGUAGAAGCAAUAAAUCCGACAUGAAGCAAAUAUAAAUGAAGAUGAGAGUGGAAACCGCGCUUGUGAUUCUCUUGGGCCUCAUAUCAGUUCAGCAAUGCUAUGGAGGCGCAAGCAACUGGACUUGCACGUGCUUCUCUUCGGGAAAUCAAAGUGAGAUCCUGGAAUCUAACUGUACCACAUCAUGUAAUUGCAGACCAGCAGAUAGAGACCAAUGGUUAUGCUUGUGUCCGGCAAAUGGAUUUCCAAUGAUAGCCAUUGGCGGUUCAAAUUCUUCAUGCUUCACUUCUUGCAACUGCUCUGCUGGACCUGUAGGCGAGACCAAAUCUCCAAAGAAGAAAUCUUUAUCUAGGAAACUCGUUCUUGCUUUACUAGUCCUCUGCGUUGUACUCACUUCAAUAGCAUUUCUUGCAUCUAUGAUUUGCUACAUUUGUCGAAGAAGCAAAUUUUCUGGACAAACCACUUCAGUCUCUUCAGAUAGAGAAUCAAGCUGGCAUAGCUCUGCUAACUUAAUAACCCGUAAAAGCUCGGUUUCACAACCCAAAAUUAGCAUCAGCUCCUCCGUGACAGGAUGUUUCUUUCAGAAUGCUUCUUUGUUUUGUUUGAGCAAAACGGAAACAAUCCAUGGAGCGAUUUUUCAGUUCUCAUAUGCAGAGUUAGAGCAAGCAACCAAUAAAUUCUCCAGCAACAGCGUCAUAGGACACGGAGGAAGUAGCUGUGUUUACCGUGGACAGCUCAAAGACGGUAAAACCGCUGCGAUCAAACGUCUAAAUGCACCUAAAGGAAAUGAGACAGACACUCUAUUCUCAACAGAAGUUGAGUUAUUAUCAAGACUGCAUCAUUACCAUGUGGUUCCGUUAAUUGGAUAUUGUUCGGAGUUUCAUGGCAAACACGCAGAGAGGCUUCUUGUUUUUGAGUACAUGUCUUAUGGAAGUCUGAGAGAUUGCUUAGAUGGAAAGUUGGGAGAGAAAAUGACAUGGAACAUCAGAAUCUCUCUCGCUCUUGGAGCUGCAAGAGGGCUUGAGUAUCUUCACGAAGCUGCUGCACCAAGAAUCUUACACCGAGAUGUUAAAUCCACAAAUAUUCUCCUUGAUGAGAAUUGGCAUGCAAAAAUAACAGAUCUUGGGAUGGCUAAGUGUUUGAGCAGUGACGGUUUAGAAAGCGGUUCAAGCUCUCCAACGAUGGGACUGCAAGGAACAUUUGGCUACUUUGCACCUGAAUACGCAAUUGCAGGAUGUGCUUCACCUAUGUCAGAUGUUUUUAGCUUCGGUGUUGUUCUUCUCGAGCUUAUAACAGGAAGAAAACCGAUACAGAAACCGAGCAACAACAAAGGAGAAGAAAGUCUCGUUAUAUGGGCUAUGCCGCGUUUACAAGAUAGUAAGCGGGUGAUUGAAGAACUUCCUGAUCCGAGGCUUAAAGGGAAGUUUGCUGAAGAAGAGAUGCAGAUAAUGGCGUAUCUUGCUAAAGAGUGUUUGCUUUUGGAACCAGAAGCUAGACCAACAAUGAGAGAAGUUGUUCAGAUCCUCUCAACCAUCACACCAGACACAUCUAAACGUAGAAGCUUCCCCAUUAAUCAUCUUUUUCAGAGUAAUGAGAAGAAGAAGGAAAGCAAAGUAGGAUGGUCAAGAGGUGGGAGCAGGAGUGGACAGGAAGAGGAAUCAGUGGAUCUAACUGAGCCACGGUUCGAGUCCUUCUGCUUGCCGAAUGUGAAGCCGGUCUUGCUUGAACCAUCUGCACAUAUUUAAAACUUAAAAGUAGUUAGGAAAGCACAGAACUAUACAAAAACUGAGCCAUCUCGCAUGUGUGUAGAUAAACGCUCACUCUGGCGAGGGUGGGGAGCAUUGAGGCUUGAGAGUUUUCUAUAAGUAAAGUGAGUGUCCUGAUUUGUUCUAAACGAGAUGAAUUUUAAUUUAUAAUCUAAUCAAAUAUUUUAAAAUUACAGAGUAGUUUAGUGAUUAGUGAACGGAUUAGUGCAUGAAAAUGGGUUUGUUUACUCUAUGUGAUCUAUGCCUUUGGAUUGAA